AAAGUGACUGACCGUUUUAUUUCUAUUCCCUACAGAUCUACCCAACCGAGAGCUUGAUGCAGGCCAAGUACGACCUCCUGUCAAAGACGAAAAUGAUAGAUUACACCAACGCUAUCUAUCGCGAGAUCCACAACUUGGAGGACGAGGAGCAGAACGAGCCUGGAUAUGAGGAACGUCGUGCGAAUGUCCUGACCAAGUUUGAGGAGCUGACCGACAAGAGUUCCGAGAUCAUGGAGACGAUCCAGGACCCUGUUGUCAUUCAGCAGCUGAAGCAGGACAAGCUGGCCAACAUCCAGUUUUUGACCGAGAAGUACAACUUCAAACCGGAGAUGCUCAACGCUCUGUACGACUUUGCCCUGUACAACUACGACAUCGGAAACUAUGCUAGCGCUGCUGAGAUGCUGUAUCACUUCCGUAUUCUGUCCACGGACUACGACCAGAACGUCAGCUCCCUCUGGGGCAAGCUCGCGUCCGAGAUCCUCACCCAAAACUGGGAAACCGCCUACGACGACCUUAACCGUCUCAAAGAGAUGAUCGAGCAACGCAACUUCUCCUCCCACCUCGAAGCCCUCCAACAACGCUCUUGGCUAAUCCACUGGUCGCUCUUCGUCUUCUUCAACCACCCCAAAGGCCGCGACGGCAUCGUGGACCUCUUCUUCCAACCACAAUACCUCAACACCAUCCAGACCGCCUGCCCCUGGAUCCUCCGCUACCUCGCCACGGCCGCCGUCGUCAACAAGAAACGCAGAAACGUCAUGAAGGACCUCAUCCGCGUCAUUCAGCAGGAAUCCAACGCGUACAAGGACCCCAUCACGGAGUUCAUCGAGGCCCUCUACGUCAACUUUGAUUUCGACGGCGCGCAGAUCAAAUUGAAGGAAUGCGACGACGUCAUCGCCAACGACUUCUUCCUCGUCUCCCUACAAGAAGACUUCAAAGAGAACGGCCGCUUAUUCAUCUUUGAAACCUACUGCCGUAUCCACCAACACAUCAACAUCAGCGACGUCUCGUCUAAACUCGACCUGCAACCUGAGGAAGGCGAGAAAUGGAUCGUGAACCUGAUCCGUAACGCGCGCAUGGACGCCAAGAUUGAUAGCGAGACGGAUACGGUUGUGAUGGGCACCCACCAUAAUUCGGUGUAUCAGCAGGUUAUCGAGCGGACGAAGGCGUUGAGCUUUAGGUCGAGUUUGUUGGCGAAUAAUAUUGAGAAGAGGGAGGGGGAGUUGGCGCAGAGGAAGAAGGGGAAGAGUUCGGGGGGUGGGCACGGGGUUGCGGGUGGGAAGAGGGAGGAGCAUGGGAAGGGGAGGAAGGCGGAGGUUGGGGGGGAUGAUGCGUAAGGAAGGAACCAUGGACGUACGAAGGUCCGUUAGCUUCCCUAGUCUCGGGUCCCACCCAUCCCACCACGCAUCCCUUUACAUAUAUCUAUAUAACGCCAUCCGCCGUCUCGAUGUAGUCUAGCGCCCUACUGAGUGGUGUUUGCUACUUAGAUACGGCAGCCUCUGCACUUGUUAUUUGAUUCGCUCACUUUUGUUCAUUGUAUGUACUGGUUCCAUGAUAUCAGAUGCGAUGAGUGUGUUAUAACAUAUGA